AUGAUGGACCGUGAUAGGGAACGAGUUGAACAUGUCCGUGAACGCGACCGCGAAAGGCUUCCACCUCAGCCCCAAGGCCCACCCGUUCCUCUAGGGGUCCCAACCAACCAUCUCGACCGUGAACACCAUCGCGAUCGGGGCCAUCCAGCGCCGCCCCCACAGCAACCACACCCACCACUCCCCCAAUUCAGAUUGGAGCGUGAACGCGAACGACACGUUCCUGAUGGAAGAGGCGAUCGUGACGUGCGAAUGCAAGACCGGGAGCGGGAGAGAGAGCGGGAGAGGGAAACUCGUGAGCCUAUUCCACUCGGCCGACCUCAUGCCAACUCGAACGCUGGUGCCGGGCCUCCACCGCCGCCCAUUCCGGGUGCUUCUAUUGCAGGGCCGGGAGUUGUGGGACCGCUGCCUGUGGUUGGAGGAGUGAGCAGUGCGCCUCCGCCUGUUGGCGUGCCAAUGGCUGUGGGUCACGUCGUACCCGCAGGACCGUUGCCCAACGGUAUCGUCACGAAUGGCGCUCCAAAUGGUGUGCCAGGACCUGGCGCUGUACCAGGUGUUGGCGCGUCGGGGGCUGUGGGUGUAGCAGGACCACCUGCCGUUGUGGCGCGGUUGAACGAGAACUUUGAUGUUGUCAGGCAGGAGUUUGAGAUGCUGAAUGCCGAACUUGGAUUGGUGCGGAACCAGAGGGACGAAUUCGAAGCUAAAGUCCAAUCUCAAGUAAAUGAACUGAACAUCAUCCGACAAGCACUGUACGACUUGGAGAGUCAGCAUGGCAAAGUACGACAGCAAUUUGAGGAGGAGCUGGCGAGGGUUAGGGCUGAACUACAUGUCGCGAAGCAACAAGUGCUAGCUGCUCAGAAUGGAGGUGGAGCUGGUGGUGGAGGGCCUGGCGGUAGUGGGGGUCCAGCUGGCGGCAGUGGCGGUGGUCGGGAUAGAGAGCGAGACGAACGAGGGGGAGGUGGCGGUGGUUCCGGAGGUCCUAGUCAACAGCAUCGCUCACCACGUCAACUCGAAAUCGACCAAAUCAUCCGGGAUGUCACUGUUGGGAAGACCAAUAAUGGACAGGCAUACGAAACUCUGAACGACUCGGUGUUCUACACAGGAAGGGAGAGGGAUGUGGUUAUGCGUGAUAUACCGCUGCGGGAACGAGACCUGCGUGGACACGAUCGUGAGCGUGAACGGGGGGUUGAGAGGCAGAGACUCGGAGGCGAGAGGGAUGGCCCUCGCCCACAGGCUGAGAGAGGGGAGAGGGAUGCGAGGGAAGGAGGCGAGAGGGGUCUGAGGGAGGUGAUGCUUCGCGAACGAGAGCAGGAUUUGGAACAGUUGGACCGGGAGAGAGACACGUUGAUGGGAAAGAUGAGGGAGAGGGAGAUCGCCAGUUGGGAGCGCGACAGGGAGAAAGCCCGACAGGAACGUGAGCGCGGAAAUGACAGGGAUAGGGACAGGCUUGUCGACUCGAGAGAUCCAAAGAGAGUCAAAAGUGAUCACGGUCUUCCAGGACCAAGUAGUCUCACGAUGGGGUCCAGGAGGGAGAGAGUCACUGACCCGUUUGCACCUACAAGUCCAACACACGGCCUUCAGAUUGUCCCUCUUAACAGUGUCAUUGGCCCCACUCCGAAACUUCCGCCGAUCCCAGGGACGACGAACACCGGCUCUGCUGCUGUCACCGCUGCAGCUAAUAAUACCAACAAUCCUUCCGGAUCUGGACCUUAUGGAACAGGAUACCAGCCAUCGGAGAGCCGUCAAGUCGUCCUAGCCAGUCGAGAAAGCGGGCAAGAGCCACACUUCCCAGAGGACUUCGACCAUUUCAGUCUACCGCCUGAAUGCAGAAAAGAGGGACAGGAGUGGUUCGCAAUGUUCAAUCCCAAGAUGAAGCGAAGAAUGGACAUCUCCUUGAUGCACACACUCAUCCAUGAGAGUGUUGUCUGCUGCGUGCGAUUCAGUGCUGAUGGAAAAUACCUUGCCACGGGGUGCAACAGGACAGCUCAGAUCUACGACACGAAGACGGGAGCCAAGACUUGCGUGCUAGUGGACGAAAACGCUGGAAAGCAGGGCGACCUCUACAUUCGCAGUGUAUGCUUCAGCCCAGAUGGCCAGUACCUCGCCACAGGGGCAGAAGACAAGCAGAUCAGGAUAUGGGACAUCGCCAAACGACGAAUCCGGAACGUCUUCGACGGCCAUCAGCAAGAGAUCUACUCUCUCGAAUUUUCCCUGGAUGGACGAUUGAUUGUCAGUGGGUCUGGUGACAAGACCGCGAGGAUAUGGGAUAUGGUCACGUUAGAAAGCACUGUCUUGACGAUCAAUGACCCGAUCCCAAGCGAGUCCAGCCAUGGCGACGAUGCAAUGGAUAUCGAUGGAGGGGAUUCUGUCCUUCCUGUGGCAGCUACGGCACCUACUACUAGUGGCUCAGGAGAAGAGUCGGGAGGAUCGUCGACGACGCCUCAUAACAACGACGGCGGCGUUACCACUGUGGCAAUCUCUCCUGAUAGCCGAUAUGUGGCAUCUGGCUCUUUGGAUCGAAUUGUGAGGAUAUGGGAACUGACCACCUGUCCUAACACUUCCACCAGAACUGGUACCCUCGUCGAGAGAUUACGCGGUCAUCGGGAUUCGGUGUAUAGCGUCGCUUUCACACCAGAUGGCAAGGGGUUGGUCAGUGGGAGUCUCGAUCGCACAAUCAAAUAUUGGGACAUCAGCCACCUCGGGAUCACGCCACAUAAACCCUCAUCGGGGUCUUCGAACUCGACAGCGUCCUCGGCGACCAUCGAUACCCAUCGGCCCAGCAGCAAACCUCCGAGCACAUCGAGCACGACCUCAUCCCCGACGAAAAAACCGCCCGGUCAUGGUUUUAUCGGCUUGGCCAAGUGCACGAGUACCUUCGUCGGUCACAAAGACUACGUCCUCAGCGUUGCCGUGAGUGGGGAUGGGCAGUGGGUGGUGAGUGGAAGCAAAGAUCGGGGCGUGCAGUUUUGGGACUUGGCCGGCGUAUCGGCCUCUUCGGCUGGGGCUAAUUCCAAAUCGGAUUCGUCGAAAAACGAAGCUGGGUCGAAACCUGGCCACGAACAGCUUGGGACGGCUGUUGAGAAGCGGCGGAGGGGUGACUGUGCCUGUGCAUUGCAGGGCCAUAAAAAUAGCGUCAUUUCGAUUGAUUUGAGUCCCGUGGGCUCCUUGCUUGCUACUGGGAGCGGGGACUGGCAGGCACGGAUAUGGAACUAUCAACCAUCAUCAUGA